AUGUCCCCCUCAUCAGAACCCCUCUCCCCCCCCUCCUUCGCAACAACCCAACUCUCGCUCCUCGCAACCGAACUCGCCGCAGAAGUAUCAGAAUCAUCCGCCCUCGUCUCCUCCCACUCCCCCACAGCCCUCCAGCGCGCAGGCCUCGCCCUCCCCAACCUCGUCGUCAUCGCCCGCCGCACAGGCCUAGGCGGUCGCACCGUCCUCGAACUCUCCCCGGAUCCCGCCACUUCCUCUUCUUCCUCUGGUGAGAAUGAACUACCGGAACACGGCCUCCGGCCGGGGGACAUUGUCCUCAUCUCGGAGCAGCCCGCGGGCAACGCCAAGAAGAAGGAAGUAAAAGAGCUCGAGAGUAAAGGGGCGAGAGGGGUGGUUACGAGGGUGCGGAGGGAGGUUGUUGGCGUUGCUGUUGAUGAGGGGAAGGGGGAGGAGAGGGAGUUUGGGGGGAGGGUUUGGAUUGUCAAAGUUGCUGAUGAUGUCACGUACCGGAGGUGA